AUUCAAGAUCUCACCAAUUCAAUUAGCAUAAAAAGCACGUCACGAAUUGUCGUAGAAAAUCGUCGUUCUUGUUGCUGGGUGUGCCAAGUAUUCGCCAAGUGUUCUUUUCGUGGUUAAAAAACCAACAGCAUUGAAAUAGCGGAGAAUUCGGCCUUCACCUGAAAUAAUCGAAGGAACGAAAAAGGACAUGAUAAAUUGGGCUUUUGAUCAGAAUGGGAGUAUGGGAGGGGUUUAGGUUAUGAAGGGAAUGACGGAACGGGGUCCAUUGCGAACCGGAUGGACGGGAAUGUCAUCAACCGUCAUUUGAGUUUCCUGUGCCCAGUGCGCCAGACGUUCAGGGAGUAUAUUUUGCCUUCGUGGGUGGUGGGUUUUUUAAUGCCCCCCUCCGACACACAGUUCAAAGAUAAAUGUCGGCAGAGUAUCUGGCAGAUUGUUUUUUUUUUAUUGUCCAUUAACUUUGGUUUCAUGGUGAUGGUUAAUUCGUGGAGAUAAACAAAUUGUGGGAGUGAUUGAAAUUAUAAUGAUAAUUGUCAAGUGCCAGUGGUGAAUAAUAAAACAUGCGCGAAGUGCUGGAACAUUGAACAUUUUUUCAUCGAAAUAUUGUAUUUUUUUUUUCAACGGAGGCAGACCAACACCGAUGAACAUAACCUGCCGACCAGGUUAAUACAGAGUUAUGAAGAGUACCAAGGAUCACAGGGGAUGUGUACUCCUCCAACCUGAGGAGAACGAGGAGGUUUACGGGUUAAUUGGAAAUCGUUGCCAGUGCCUAGCGGCAGGAGUCAUACAGUUAUACUUGACUGAGCCUCCUGCCCAUCGAGAAUGGAUAAAGAAGAACACCGGUGUGAUAACGUUGAUAAGGGAUAACCCAAAACGCAGUUACUUCCUGAGAUUGUACUGUUUGCAGAGAAAAGCCAUGUUGUGGGAACAGGAAUUGUAUAAUUCAAUGUCGUAUAAUGCACCUAAAACAUAUUUCCAUACGUUCGAAGGGGAGGACUGCAUGGCAGCAUUUAAUUUCGCUAAUGAAACUGAAGCCGUGAUUAUGAGGAGUGUCCUCCUGGAAAGAUUAAAUGCCAAUAAACAGAGGAGGCAGGAUAGAAAAGCGAGAUUAGAUGCUGGGAUGCAACAGAGAGUGGUAACAUUACCCAGGAGAAAUCCGAAUAGUACCUCUGAUUACACUGGAUUCCCGACGAACACAGGCGCCAACACCCUGAAUGGCUCGUUAUCGUCGUUGGGAGUCAAUGGAAGUUUGGGGAGCUCCAUGUACAAGAAAAAAAAUAGACAAGAGAAGGACCCCAAGAGGAAAUUGACCACGGCGGAUAUUGGUCUACCUUCGGAUUUCAGACAUGUGGCACAUAUGGGACGGGACCCCCAUCAUAAUCUUGAGUGGGACCCCGAUGAUGCUAAACUCAAGCAAUUUUUCGAUGCGGCCGGCAUCACGAGGCAACAAUUGACAAGUAAAAGCACUCGUGACUUCAUCUACAGUUACCUGGAUGCGGCUGGGGGAAUGAAGGCUGUGGAGAAUGACCUUGGGAAAUUAACAAGACAAGCUGGACCCACCAGUACGCAGUCGCUGCCAGCAUUACCAGUGCCACCUGCGCCUAGCUCUGAUCCACCUCCUCCCAUUCCAGCCCGGACGGUACCUGUUACGACGAGUCCUGGAAUUAACAAUAAUCAAAUAAGAAGCACACGACCAUUGCCACCAGUACGAACGAACGUGCCUCCACCCCCUCCGAGUGCUCCACCUGCCCACAGGAGUCUGCCAUCACGGCCGCCACCCCCCUCAGGCUCCCCCGGUUUACCGCCACCUCCGCCGGUACCACCGCCGCCACCACGAAGCACAUCCAACACAUCGAACGUCUCCAGUGUCUCGAAUAUUUCCAGCGUUUCAAAUUCUUCGAGUACUUCAGCUCCAGCACCACCUCCACCACCACCACCUCCCCCUCUUCCUGAGUUGGAAAGUAUUGAUACAGGAGUCAGUAACGCAGUAUCACCAGCGAGAAAUGGAAAUAGUAGAAAUAAUAAUGGCGAUGGUGAUGAUCUUAGGCCGAAACUUAUGGACGCUAUCAGAAGUGGUACAACGCUCAAGAAAGUGGACCAGACCGAGAAGAAGCCACCUCCAGUCACCGACACGCGCAGUGACUUACUAAAUCAAAUUCGUGAGGGAAUAGCCCUGAAACCAGUGACAAGUGAUCCAAAACCAGCGGCUCCGUCAGUUCCCCAAGGCGGCCUAGCUGGUGCCUUAUCCCGUGCUCUCGCCGAGCGUUCGAAAUUGCUCGGUUACGCUGGCGACAGCGAGGAGGAGAGCAGUGACACCGAAGAGGACGAGUGGGACGAGUAAAACAAAAAUUAAAAUCCAUGAGAAAAAAAUGCAUAAAUUAUCACAUCUGUACAUAAGAGGACGAAAGAAAAAAAAAGCCGGUGUUAGUGGCCUCGUGGGUGGAGAGUUUCAAUGGCCCUGUGGAAGAUGUUUUUUUGACACGUCACUCUGGUAAGUUCAUUAAAUCACCGCAUCAAAUGCAGGACGCAAUAGUAUUUUAAAAGCGAAUUAAUGCGCUAGGGUAUGAAAACAACAACACAAUAAAAACUUGUAAAUUUUUUCUUUUCAUAUCAUGUAUUUAACUGAAGUCUACGUGAUGUGCUCACAAAUAUACAUAUGUAUAUACUUAAAUGAGAAUUAGAAAAAGAGAAACGAUGAACUGAGGUCACACCUACGUGUGCCUGCUUAUGUCUCGUGUUGCAGGAUAAUUCUGUUACCUUUUUUUCUUUUUUUUUUCUGAUGUGAUGAUAAUUAUUCCAACGAUCGGGUAGUGAUUGUCAUCAGAUGAUAAUUAAAUUUCAAUGAAUACCGAAUAAAAGAGUGAUUAAAAGGGUGAAUUACUUAGGCAAGUAUAUAAAUAUUUAUAUAUUGAAAUUCACCACUGAGGAGAAAUCCUAGUCAAACAGAAAGAACUAUCAAUCCUGAUAAGUUAACGUAUUUCCUUUUCUUUUCCGCAAUUCUAUACAAUGGAUUACAUCGGAGGUCUAAGUAACUAUUACUCUAAACUGAGAGUUUAGUUUUUAAUUAUGAAGUACUACUUACAAGAUUUGAUUGCUAAGUUGAAUUCAAGGAUAUUCGACGAAUAUCCUUCAAGCAUGCACAACAGUUAAAAGUGACAAUGUAAUUAUAUUUAUAAUUUAUGAGAGCCGAGUAUGAUUAUUAAUAACACUACGUCAGAAUUAACUGGGAGUAGAAAAUUACAAUGAAAUGAUUAAAAAUAUUUGAAAAUUAGAUUAUUUGAAUUAGUUCCUUUGGGAGAAUGAGAAUUAUCUGGAAAUUUGGUGAAACUGUCAUUUACAGAUACAAAUUUUCUUCCAUUAGCGUAUUUUUGCAAUCAUCGAGAGCCACAAGAGCGAUUAAACUACAAUUAGAUCAUUGCGUGAUUUUUUUGCAAGAAGUUGAUAAAAAAUAUCAGAUAUGUAUUUUUUUAUUCAAAAAAAUACUUGUCUAAUUUUUUUCAUUCGACUAUCAUAUUCAACACUGAAAAAAUGUCAUACAAAACCCCAAUUGUCGUGUUCCGUCGGGGGAGAUUACUAUUAUUUAUUUCAAACAAUCAAUUCAUGUUGAGCCAAGAUUAGUUAUUAUAUGGUUAUAAAUAUAUAUCUAGGAGUAAUUGAUUGAAGGAUUUUCGCGUGAAUAAAAUGCAAAUAUGCAGGAGCCUGUACAUAAUUCUUCAUUGAAGAGCAUAUUUUUGCAAUUAAUCGUCAGUGAUAUAGCGUAAAAGUACUUUAGGAGUUUUUUUUGUUCAGUGUGAAGUGAUGGAGAGAUAAGGGGUGAGAUAAAUCGUAUGGAAUAAAUUUUUCGCUUUUUUUGUAUGUUAAAUUAUCUUAUCACUGAAUGAUAUUGAGGGAAUAUGUAUAACAAACGAGCAGAAAUGUGAUGUACCCGUUUUUCAAUACAUUCAUCGAUUUUUUUUCAGUUUAUUAUAGAAAAUCAUUUGUACGAGAAAUAUUCCUGAUUUAAAUCCCCCAAAAUUGUGAAAAUUCUUCAUCUAUUCUUUCUCCACCAUUUCAACACCCGAUUUCUACGCAUUAUUUUAUCCACAUCUGUAUCUGUCAGUGAAUAUGGGCCUCGGACCAAUAGAAAAAAGGAUAUAUAAAUUAUUAAAUUAAUUAAACAAAAAGUAACAGAAUAAAAAAAAGAAUACGACUAAAAGUUGAUUAAUUCCAUGAUAAACAUCGUCACUGGACUAGAGGUUUUAUUGAAUGUACAAUUCAAAUUCGGUACUACAGUGCAGAAAUAUACUCUGAUUAUUAUAAA